GCAGAGGAGGGCGGACAUGGCUGCCGGUUGUGUAGGCGACGGCGGCGGCUCCUCCAGCGGUGGGGGCGGGUUCAAGUUCCCGGAAUACGAGAUCCCGGAGCUGAACACGAAGCCCUUUCUCGUGCAGGCCGUGGGGAACCUGUGGAAGGAGAGGCUUCUCGGGGUCCGUGACUUCUCCUUGGAGCCUCCCGCGCCCAGCAGCCCGGACGGGGUCGGAGCCGGCGAGGAAGAUGCGGCCGUGGCCGAGGACUUGGGCUGCAGCCUGGAGACCGCGGCCGAGCUGAGCCUCGUGUGUGGCCUGGAUAAGUUGAAGUACUGUGAAGAGGAGGAUGAUCCAGAAGUCAUUCCUGAAGACACCAACCUAGUGACUUUGGGACUUAGAAAGAGGGCCUUGGAGCAUCGAGAAGAAACCAUAACAGUAGAUCGUAUCUGCAGACAAGAAACCUUUGCCUAUGAGAUGGAGUCACAUGCCAUAGGAAAGAAGCCAUCAAAUCCAGCAGACUUAGUUAAUGAAGGAGAACUUAUCUUAUCUCUGAAUAUCUUCUAUCCUGUUAUAUUUAGUAAGCAUAAAGAACGCAAACCCUAUCAAACCCUACUAGUGUUGGGCAGUCAAAAGCUCACGGAGCUCAGAGAUUCAUUUUGCUGUGCCAGUGACCUUCAGAUUGGAGGAGAGUUCAGCAGCACACCUGACCAGGCACCAGAGCACACCAGCAAGGAUCUUUACAAGUCAGCUUUCUUCUAUUUUGAAGGAACAUUUUACAAUGAUAGAAGAUACCCUGAAUGCAGAGAUUUGAGCAGAACAAUUAUUGAAUGGUCAGAGUCCCAUGAUCGAGGAUAUGGGAAGUUCCGGUCUGCUAAAAUGGAAGAUUUCACCUUCAAUGACCUGUACAUUAAAUUGGGUUUUCCUUACCUGUAUUGUCACCAGGGAGACUGUGAGCAUGUUGUCAUUAUCACAGAUAUAAGGCUUGUACAUCAUGAUGACUGCUUGGAUAAGACACUUUAUCCCCUACUCACCAAGAAGCACUGGUUAUGGACCAGGAAAUGUUUUGUUUGUAAAAUGUACACAGCCAGAUGGGUAACCAACAACGACUGCUUUGCACCAGAGGAUCCAUGUUUCUUCUGUGAUGUUUGCUUCCGAAUGCUCCAUUAUGAUUCUGAAGGCAACAAACUGGGGGAGUUCCUUGCUUAUCCUUAUGUUGACCCUGGAACUUUUAACUGAAGACAACACAGUGACACUACAAACAAUGGGUUGUUUGGAAUAGUUGCAGUACUUGUCAGACUGUCACUUUCUGAAUGCCAGGAGCGUCUUAGGCAAAAGCAAUCUAUUUGACUAUUUUGAUAACUGAUUUAGCUGUUAAGUUUUAUUAUUUGGUAGCUUUUUUCUGAAGCUUAAGUUUGGGUAUAUGGUAUAUUAAAUUCAUAGUAAAUUCAUAAAUAUUA